UAUAUGCAAUAAUAUAGUUGAUUAAAAAUAUAAGCCGCGUUCGUUGCACCAACUCCCAUUCCACAAAUGGCAACAACUGAAGCUAACACUAUGGCGCAAGCUAACUCACAAACCACCAUAGAGCCGGUGCGUCAUCUGGCAAACUUUCCGCCUUCGAUUUGGGGUGAUCAGUUUCUAUCAUUCUCUCUUGACAAUUCCCAAUUGGAAGCAUACAGUAAAGCUAUGGAGCAGCCAAAAGAAAACGUUAGAAGAAUGAUAUUAAACCCUGCUAUUGAUACAAAUGAGAAAUUGGGUUUGAUUUAUUGUGUCUAUCGUCUUGGUUUGACGUAUAAUUUCUCAAAAGAUAUUGAUGGUCAACUUGAUGAACUUUUCAAACAGCUUAACUUGCAAAGUUACAACGAAGCAGAUCUCUAUACAAUAUCCAUUCACUUUCAAGUUUUUAGACACUUUGGUUAUAGAUUUUCUUGUGAUGUGUUUAACAAGUUCAAGGACUCCAGUUCUGGUAAAUUCAAGGAAGACAUGACUAGAGAUGUGAGGGGUAUGAUAAGUUUGUAUGAGAGUGCCCAACUAAGAAUAAGAGGAGAAUCUAUACUAGAUGAAGCCGGUGCAUUCGCAGAAAGUAAACUUAAAACGAUAGAAAAAACACUUGAUGGUACACUUGCACAACAAGUCAAACAUGUAUUGGAGAGACCUUUUAAUCGAGGGCAUCAGAUGGUUGAAGCGAGGAAGUAUUUGUUCCUAUUUGAAGAAGAAAUUUCACGGUAUGAUUCCCUAUUGAUGCUUGCAAAGGUGCAUUUUAACUACUUGCAACUCCUACAAAAGGAAGAACUUCGAUCUGUAUCAAAGUGGUGGAAAGACUUGGACCUACCGGCGAAAACACUAUAUGUAAGAGAUAGAGUACCUGAACUCUAUGUAUGGAUUUUGGCGUUUUUCUUGGAGCCGUAUUACUCUGAAGUCCGAAUAAUAACGACCAAAAUCGUACUGCUUGUAUUGGUGUUAGAUGACACGUAUGAUGCAUAUGCUACUAUUGAGGAGAGCCGACUUCUAACCCAUGCAAUAAAUAGGUGGGAAGUUAGUGCUAUGUUGCAACUUCCAGAAUACAUGAAACCAUUGUAUGAAAUUUUGCUCAACGAGUAUGAUGGAUUUUACAAACAUGGAAGAACAAAUGUCAUUGAGACUUCAAAAAAAGCUUUCCAAGACUUGGCUAGAAGUUACCAUCAAGAGUCUGAAUGGAGACAUGCUAAAGAGGUGCCAUCAUUUGAAGAGUAUAUGAAAAUUGGGACAACUACUUCUGCACAUAAUGUUCUUAGUAAGACUGCAUUGAUUGGUAUGGGCAACAUUGUAACACGCGAGGCUUUAGCUUGGUACGAAAGCUAUCCAAAGAUCGUACAACUUUCAGAGUUGAUCGGAAGGCUCGAAGAUGAUGUCGUCAGUGUUGAGUUUGAGCGUGAAAGAGCUCCAACAGCCACAAGUGUAGAUGCUUAUAUGAAGACUUAUGGGGUGUCGGAAAAUGUAGCUGUCAAGAUACUCAAAAAACUUGUUGAAAAUGGAUGGAAAGAUCUAAAUGAGGCGUGUCUAAAGCCAACAGAGGUCUCAUUGGAUCUGCUUGCUCCGAUUAUUGGUCUUACAAACAUGACAGACGUGGCGUACAGGCACAAUGAUGGUUUAACUUUUCCAGAAAAGACUCUUAAGGAAUAUAUUACACUCCUGUUUUGUGUUCCAGUCCCCAUGUAACAACUAGUGUGUUAGUUCGUGUUGUUGUUCUUCUCUUUCGCUUUUGUUUUGUUUCUCCAGUUUCUUACUGGCUCUCUAUAUAUAAACAUAUAGUGUGGUUGCCGUUUAAAAAAAACAACUAGUGUGUUAGUGGUUACUUACCGACGCAUAUGUAUCUUGGUUUAAUGUAAGGAUGAAUAAUGAUAUCUACUAUGGGUAUCCUUAUUAUGUUUAG